UUCAAUUUGAUGGAACCAGCCAUAAAGAUUGAGGAGGACAGCACCGACUUUGGGGAGUUUGCGUUUCUCUCGGAGCAGCAUCUGAUAGGCAAUAUUACAUGCAGCGUGAAAAAGAGCAACUCCUCGAAAAAAAUAGUUUCCCGCAAGCGCAAACUGGACAUUGCAGAGUUAUUUCAUCUUUCAUCGACAAGUGCCGGCACGCACCGGCGCAAUCUACUAGACAAACCCUUUCCCAUCGACACCGUGAACGAAUUGAAUGAGUUCGAUACGCUAUUGUUGGGCAAUCCUUCUUUUACGGAAAAAUGCGCACAAAUGCUGCACUCGGUAAUACGGGACGAGGGCAACUCGUUGGAUAACGCAACGUGCCACAUGCGGCUGCUGCUAGAGCAUGCGGUCGAUUAUUCCGUGAUACUGCGGUACAGUUGGUACGGGUUCAUGCCGCGAUCACCCGUCGCGCGCUCUAGUGGCGAACAACAUCCGUUUCGGAAUUUACUUGGGGUGAUCAGUUUACUGCACCGGGCGCGGCAACUGCGCUUCGCGACUUGCAGCCGGGAGGAAAUCAACGAGGGUAUUGAGAAAUUUCUCAAACGAAAACUACGGUGCCAUGCGCUGUUCGUAAAGAAGCAACAAAUAGUGAAGCAACAAGGCUAA